GAUGCUGGUAAAACUUGUACAAGAUCCUGACUUACUGACAGCUGUUCUUACAGAAGACUCAUCCUCACAAUACUGCAUAUACUUCCCCCUACAAUCUGUCAGGAAGAAGAAUCUCAGAGAGAACCAGGAAUUGUUGGUAGCAGAUAACUGUUGUGUGGGAAAAUUAUGGUUAAGAAUUAGAAUCUGGCAAAUUCAUGCUCCAGUAUUGCCUGGUUGUCAGGAGAAAAAAGUUCAACCUUUUGAAAAGGUAAAGCCUUACUAACAGUGUUGUCCAAAGCUCCUGCUCUUGUUAACAGCACUACUUGUUUACCUAAAGUAAUUCAUAGAUAUAAAAGCCUGACUUGCUGUCCUUGAGCAAAGGUAUGAAAAGUUCAGUUACAUUUCUCUGAUAGCUUUGGUAGUGCUUGGUAGUGGUACCUAUUGCUUUGGUUGUUAUCCUCCUUCUGUGUGUCUCUGCUGACAGAACAACAAAAAGCAUUUUACAGAUGUUUAUAAACGUCUUGUUGGGGAUGGUUGUUGCCUGUCUCCAAGCUUAUAGCUGUCCCAGGUCUUGGCUAGUGCUGGGUAUCAACCAGCCAUGCCCAGUGCCUGAGCUGUGGCGCAGGACCUCCAGCGCUCUCACUCGGGCUGCUUCUCACUGACUUGGUCGGGCAUUGAGUGUGACCUGCUGGAGCCACAGCCCAGGUAAAUAGUUGUUUGUGAGGGAAUCCUCAGGGAAUGAGGGUACGUAUUAUCAACUGAAGGAAUAUAGAAAAUGCUUAUUGUUCUUACUGUUGAUGCUCAGAUUUAAUUUCUAUAAUGGAAUCACAAAGCUUUCUUGUCCUGUAUUGAUGUCUUUUUUAAUUAUAUGAGCUGCUUGCUAGCUGGACCACUGCUUCAGCCCUGCCUUAUUAGAACAGGUCACUAAUGUAUUUUAGAAACCAAUUUGUGUUUUCACCAUCUGGUGGUUUUUCAUUUUUAUUUUUUCUCUUGGAAGAAAGAUAAGAGCCAGUUGCUGGAGCUCCUCAUUGGCUUUCUGUUCCACCAAGGUUGAACUUAAGAGGAAAUCUGGCAUAUGGUGACCCUUACUUCUGUGCAUUAGUGCGGGCUUGAAUGCAGUUGCUGAUUGACAGGUGGUCCCUCCUCAGCUGUUAAUGAAGCGAUGCACUGUAAUGGAAGCAAGACCUGAAUAUAAGUUUUUGCAAAGUGUCCUGAAAGCAAGCUGUUACUUUUGCUUGUCUUGUUCCCUGGGAAUAAAAAACUAAUUGCAUGUAAGGCUCAACAGGAGAGAAAUAGGCGGGAAGGCAGUGAGAAGGCUGCACUAAAGAAAAGGGCAGGAAGGAGUAGAAGGUAGCUUCUUGAGUCGUCUUCAAGGUGAGCAUUCAGGGGAGGGAGGAUGGUGUGGGAUAAGACUCAGGGCUCUUAGUUUGGGGCCUUCUAUUCAUGGAUAAAAUGGGGGAAAAGCUGCUGCAGCAGAGGUUGCAUGCUGUUCUGCAUGUGAAGUUAACGUGCAAGGCUCCACCCAGUCUUGAACACUAGGAUUUAUGUUGUACUUGUGACUGGGUUUUCUGCAGAGUGGGGCCGAGAUUUUCUUCUGCCGGUUCUCCUGCAGCUGGGAGCAGACACAUCAGUAGCUCUGCACAGCACGCACUGGCCUGGUCUCGGUAACCUGUCCAGGUAGGUAGCACUGGACAGACCAAGCAGCUUGCAGUCCUCAGGUAAAUUUCAUCUUGUAACUUUGUAACUUUCACCUUCUGCACUUGAGCUUGGUUUGUCCUUUGUGGCAAAGCUGUGUGGGCCAGGUCCUGCCCUUGGGAGCUGACUGAGCCUCACGCUUUCUGUAUUGCUGUACAGAUACAGGGUGCUUCUGUUUGCCCGUUUGCCUAAAUACGGGCACAUGUGAGGUGGGGGGCAGCAGCCGUGCACCUGCCCCGGCCUACUCUGAGCUGCUUUCCAUGAGCUUUCCUCUAGCUCCCCGCGGCCAGGGGCUGUCUGGGCACCCCCACAAGGGGCUCUUGGUGCUCCGCGCCCCUCAGCCGCCUCCCUGGGAGCCAACCCCGGCCGCCCCUCGCUGUCCGCGCCUCAGCAGGGCCCCUCCAGGAGGGGGGGCCGGGCCGGGCCGUGCGGGCAGCGCCGUACGGGUUAAGGCGGCGCGGGGCGGGCGGCGGGCAGCGGGCGGGCCGGCUCGGGGCGGCGGGCGCGGCGCUCCGGAGGCUGCCGGUGGGAUGCAGGGGUUGUAAUCCAGGAUGAACGAAUGCUACUAUGAUAAGCGCAUGGACUUUUUUUAUAACAGGACAAAUACUGACACAGCAGAUGAGUGGACAGGGCCAACACUUAUUGUUGUUCUGUGUUUUGGGACAUUUUUCUGCUUCUUCAUUUUCAUUUCAAACUCAUUGGUCAUAGCAGCUGUGGUCAAGAACAAGAGGUUUCAUUUUCCGUUUUAUUAUCUGCUGGCCAAUUUGGCAGCUGCAGACUUUUUUGCUGGAAUUGCUUAUGUCUUCUUGAUGUUCAACACUGGCCCAGUGUCUAAGACGUUAACUGUAAAUCGCUGGUUUCUGCGCCAGGGUCUUCUGGAUACCAGCCUUACAGCUUCCCUGGUGAAUCUCCUCGUCAUAGCUGUUGAGCGGCACAUGUCAAUCAUGCGGAUGAAGAUCCACAGUAAUCUCACAAAGAAGAGAGUCACCUUUUUAAUUAUAUCGAUUUGGGCCAUUGCUAUUUUUAUGGGCGCUGUUCCUUCCCUGGGUUGGAACUGCCUCUGUGACAUUACUGCCUGCUCUUCCCUGGCACCUAUUUACAGCAGAAGUUACUUGGUGUUCUGGAGUGUCCUAAACCUCGUUGUUUUCUUCAUUAUGGUGGUGGUUUACAUAAGAAUCUACAUGUAUGUCCAGCGGAAAACUAAUGUUUUAUCAUCGCACACUAGUGGAUCCAUUAGCCGCAGGAAAACCCCUGUGAAGCUUAUGAAGACCGUCAUGACUCUCCUAGGUGCCUUUGUUGUCUGCUGGACUCCUGGACUGGUCGUCUUACUGCUUGAUGGUCUAAACUGCACCUACUGUGGGGUUCAGAAUGUGAAAAGGUGGUUUCUUCUUCUGGCCCUGAUGAACUCCGUCAUGAAUCCUGUAAUUUAUUCGUACAAAGAUGAUGAGAUGUGGAGCACCAUGAAAAAGAUGCUUUGCUGCUCGUCUGAUGAUAAGAGCCAAGAGAGACGCUCGUCACGGAUUCCCUCCACCGUGCUUGGCAGGAGCACGGACACCACAGGGCAGUACAUUGAAGAUGGUAUUAUUCAAGGGACGAUUUGUGGGAAAGGAGAUCUUAAUGAUAAAGGAAACUCCUGAGUAAUUCAAGGGCCUGAGUUGGCUAAGAAAAGGAGGGGGAAGGGAGAAGUUUUGUAAGAGAAGAUUGACUAGCAAAACUGGUAAACAAUAUAUCCACUUAAUUCCAGAGCCUCAACUCCAGUGUUAACAAAAGUUCAUAUAAGUAAUUGCCUAAUGGAAAAACACUUUGUAAUGAAGAAAACUUUCUGUGCUUCUUUUUCUUUUAAGUGCCUGAAAUUAUCUUUUUUGUGAAUGGAACAAGUAUAUCUGAGAGACUUUCUGUGUGUGGAAACAAAACGUAAACAGCAUAGUGAGGUCCUCCAGUGAAUGGCAUUUGUGCUUUGAACAGUUUCUUGAGGAGGAUUGUAGGCUUGGUUAGAUGGGAUUGUGGCCUCUUCGCUUUCCCUGUUUACAAGUUCAUACUUCUCUUGUCCUCCUCCUUCUCUUGCUUUCAGGAUAAGUAGUUUUAUGGUUUAUUAAAGCUGUGCCAGAAACUCAGCUGUGAUGGGAAGACCAAAUACCAAUGUGUGUGUAUAAAAUUCAGCCAUAAAGCGUCAGGAUCUGACAUUACAAAGUGUACAAAAGCCAUUAUUACAGGCCGAUGAGUGCUGCAAGGAGACACGUUGCACACUUUGCUGCUGUCACGUAGGCAGCUGUGGAGGGUGGACUACGAGUAAGGCAGUGCUUAUUAAGCCUGUUUCUUACUUUCCCAGAUAAUGUCAAAUGGGUGUCUCACCCUUCUUUGUGACUGCUGUGCCACUGAGCAAAAUGAUGCCUGAAACCAUGUUGUAAGAUAGCAAACUUAUAAGGGGUAUUUAAAUGUACAUAUGAUAUAUACAGGCUCAAUUAAUUAAUUUAAAAUAGAAAUUAAUUAAAGAAAAAAGCCUGAAAACAACUUAAACUCCUACAAGAAUACAAUAUGAAUUGAUCAUCUGACCUCGUCUGGACCACAUUUAACCUCUGAUUUGCAAGCAAGUCUUAAGGGAAGAUGCUUGAAGAGGCUAUGAAACAGCAAGUGAUGAAGGACUUUCAGCAUUGUGACUGAUCAUGUGCAGUGUGCGUGCGGUCGCAGCCAUCCAAAAAAUGAAGUUUAGACUUAUGGACUAUGAUCUAAUGGAGGAUCCAGCAAUUUAAAGCUCCAGGGUAACGUUUUUAAAUCAUAAACUUUUAAUUUAAAAAUUUGAAUGUGGAUUUCUCAGUGGUCUAAGAACCUGUCUCUUGCUGUUUGAUUUCAACAGCAGUGAGCUCCCUGCUCCCCCUUCCUAAUUUCAACAGGAGUUACCUGUGUUGUCCUACAGAAAACUUGAUCCCUGGUACUAAAUCAGGCAAUCACAUGCAGAGACCAUGUGGAAUUGUUGGAGAACAUCAAGAGCAUAUUGUACAAGGCCAGAAGAUAAUCUGUGGUUUGGUUUGGGCAAAUUCUUUUGGCACAAUUUGCUUGCAGAUCAUCUGGAUCGUGCUGGUUGAAGCAGAACCAGUGCAUGGCUUAAAGGCCAAGUUGCAGUUUUAUAGAAGUCACUGGGGGAUUUGGGAGCAGGCCUUGGUUUACGAGCACAGUAAGCCCAGAGAGUUCCCCCGUAACACAAGUUAGGUAGCAUGGGUAUGGCCUAACAUUUCAUAGUAAAUGCUGUAUUUAUGAGUAAUGCUGGAAAGGUUUACACAUGUGGUAUUGUUGUUGGUUUUGUUUUUGGCCAUUAUAAUGCAAUGUUCUUGUGCAAUUACUACUUCAUUAGUCUGGUGUCUUGAAAAUUACGUAAAGUUGUGCUUUGUAAAGCCAGUGACAUUGCAAAGGCAUAUCAUGCAAAUGUUUGUGUCCCUAGAGCUACCUGCAGUGCACAGUUUGUGUUAACCAGGCCAAAACUCAGUAUACAAAGCCAACGGAAAAUAAAAUGCUACUUCAAAAUAAAA